CCGAGCAACCAGUUCCCAACUUCACUCGUUGACCAUGGUCAAGAUCGGUGUCCUCGCGCUGCAAGGCGCCUUCGAAGAGCACGUCGACAUGCUAAAGGCUGUCGGCGCUGACGCUGUCCAAGUCCGCCUCCCGUCGGAGCUCGAAGGCCUUGAUGCGCUCGUCUUUCCCGGCGGCGAAUCCACGGCCAUCGCCAAGGUCGCCGAGCGCUGGGGCAUGAUUGAGCCGCUCAAGCAAUGGGUACACGACAAGAAGCCGAUCUGGGGCACGUGCGCCGGUAUGAUUUUGCUCGCGCAGUCGGCGCGCCACGCCAAGCAGGGUGGCCAAGCUCUCAUUGGUGGUCUCGACGUCGAAGUCUCGCGCAACUUUUUCGGUGCGCAAAUCCGCAGCUUUGAGCAGCACAUUCGCGGCCCGCCCGGCUAUGACGAGGCGACGCCGUACAACGCCGUCUUCAUCCGCGCACCGGCCAUCGUCUCUGUCGGCGAAGAAAUCGAAAUCUUGUCGCAGAUCAAGAACGCGUCGCCGGCCGACGGCUCGGACCCGACGGACGUCAUUGUCGCGGCCCGCAAGGACAACAUUCUCGUCACUGCCUUCCACCCCGAGCUCACGACCGACACGCGCUGGCACCGGUACUUUGUCGAAGCCAUCGUGCAGCACAAGCAAAAAACUCGGUUCUUUGUGAGUUUCUCAGUGUUGAGAACGCCCACGGUCGAGCCAGGAGAAAAUACGACAAAAAUACGAGGUGCGUGACACAGUACUCGAUGCACUGCGUGCUCUUUACAAGAGAAUCCUCCUGGCCCUAAAUGCCUUGCAACUCCGUACCCCUCACAUUGCUUCGUAUGGCGAAACCCCGCAUAAUCCAGACAGCAGCGACGGCUUGGUUGUCCACUAUAUUGCUUUGCGCUUGAACAGUGCCGUCUGAACACCACUC